GUUCUCCCAACUCUAACAACUGACUUCGAAAAGCUCCUCGCAUGCCUUCAACGAGAUGCUCUGAGAGAUUGCUGGACAAUCGUUUUCAUAAGGUGUGGUUGUAACUCUGUGAAGGACACCCCACGGCAGCCAUGAUGGAUUCAGAGGAUAUUCACAGAGAGGAGAUCAGUGACACUGACAGUGGCAUUAUGCUGAACUCUGGUCCUGACAGCCCCAUGUCACAGGGGAAGGAUCUGAACACGCAUACCCGGGCCAUGAGGCUGAGGCACCAGGCUCUGGAGGAGAGGCUGGAACUGUGUAUGCUGGAGCUCCGGAAGCUCUGCAUCCGCGAGGCUGAGCUGACAGGAAAACUGUCAUCAGACUUCCCUCUCCUGCCUGAUGAGAAACCCCCUCGCAUCCGCCGGAGAAUCGGAGCGACCUUCAAACUGGACGACAGUCUCAUCCACCAGGACGGAGAGGAUUCUGAGCUCCACUCCCUGGAGGCAGAUUUGGCCUUGCAGCUCCAGAUCUUCGAGGCGGCUCGUAGAUUGUCAGUGGAGGAGCACCUGUCCAAGCCACAGAAGAAGAGCCGGCUGCAGCAGUGUAAGAGAGAGGAGAGGAAAGUCAAAGAUCUACAGGAGGCUCUGUUCCAGCACAGGAUCCGAAAAGAGUGUUCCUCUCCACCCACCAACAACAAGAACAACUCAGCCAAACACCAAGACCAGGACCUGUCCGACGAUAGCUCCCUGUCCGACGGCUUGGCCCUGGACGACGAUGUGGAGCCUCUCCGUCCGUCGGGGUCUUCAGACCCGCUACUGCAGUCCUCGCCAGGAUCCCUGUCGAUCCAGUACUCCUCUGAGGGCAGUCUCCAGCACAUCUCUGCACAGAGCCAGAGCCUCGGCUCCAGCUGCAGUGUGGAGCAGACCCAGGCCCAGUUCUCCAGUGUGGGAUCAAGCUGCAGUAUGGAGCAGACCCAGGCCCAGUUCUCCAGUGUGGGAUCCAGCUGCAGUGUGGAGCAGACCCAGGCCCAGUUCUCCAGUGUGGGAUCUAGCUGCAGUGUGGAGCAGACCCAGUUCUCCAGUGUGGGAUCCAGCUGCAGUGUGGAGUACCCAGAGCGUUCCCCGAUCCAGAACUCCCCCUGGAAGGAAUCAAGCCUGGACCAGCCCUAUCUGAAACCUAAGAAACCCCUCUCCGCCUGCAGCAGCAGGUCCAGCAGUCCAGUGGGGAUUCCAGUGUUCCCAGCAGACAGCAGAGUCCUUCCCUCCCAUUUCCCCUCCAUUAAGAACUUGGCUGUCCGCCACGGACAGACCCACUCCUGCAGUGCCCCCUCUACUCCAGAGCUGCACGUACGCAGACAGUACUCGCAGUCCUUCAGGGUAUCCAGAAGUAAGCCCGGUUCUGACCCAAAUGAGAGUCGUGGACAAGCCAAGUUGCCACGGCGAAAACCAGAGUUCAUGGUUCGGUCUCCACAGUACUCCCCUCUGAGUGUUUACCAGUCCAGCUCUGAGGACAGCAGCUCUGAACACUCCGCCCCAUCCUACACCGGCUCCCCCUGCCGUGGCCGUGACCGUGACCAGGACAGGGAGGGCCCCGCACCCACCGAGAUCCCCAAGCUCUGCCCUCCCCCCUACGGCUUCCACUACGGAGCGCAAAGUCCUAACGGCCAUGUCAUCAAUGGGCCUAACAGGCCCGGGGGCUUUUACAAUAACAGCCAGCACCAGUCCUCUCCCAGCCUGAGACGAAGAGGGCCAGAGGAACACCCCUGUUCCCCUCUCCCCCCCCAGGGCCGAGACAGCCCCGGGGAGAAUGGCCUUUGCACCGCCCUCCCCGGGGCCCCACAACCCCGGCAGCGGCAGGAGGGACAGGGGCCCCCGCCGGCUUUUACCCGAAGGGUUCUGAAGCCCCCGCCACCAUACACCCGCCUGGUACGUACCCCGUCCCUGAGGGAGUACCCCAACCACCCCGCUCGGGUCCUGCCCCGGGAGAUGGUGUCGGAGGAGCUCAGGUCCUGGCACCAGCGGAACCACUUCCAGAACCAGAGCCAGAACCAGUUCCAGAUGUCGCGCCCGUGUUCCCUGGAGCGCCAGGGGUCGUUCCGCAUCAAGAGCCCGGCUUCCGCUCACCUCCCGCCCUACAUGCAGGGUCCCCACCAGACGGUGAUUCUCCAGAGGGCAGAAGACGGUACCCCGGUGCAGUGGUUCGUCGAGGAGGACUCGGAGAUCGUCAGCCAGGUGUAA